GCACUGGCUGAUUGCACUCGGGAACAACGCAAUUUAGGAAAUUACAGCUGUUUAGAUAAACACCCAAAUUGUACAAUGUCUCACGCAUGGGGAUACGCACCGAGCAACGGACCCGACAAAUGGGCUGAUAACUUCCCUAUUGCCAAUGGACCCCGCCAGUCUCCCAUAGACAUCCUACCUGGUGAAGCAAAAUAUGAUGCUGCCCUGAAACCGCUCAAAUUGAAGUACGACCCCUCCACCUCUAUUGACAUUCUCAACAACGGACAUUCAUUCCAAGUGACCUUCGCCGAUGACAACGACAGCUCAACUCUGACUGAGGGGCCCAUCUCAGGCACCUACAGGCUGAAGCAGUUCCACUUCCACUGGGGUGCGUCCGACGACAGAGGCUCCGAGCACACAGUGUCCGGGACCAAGUACGCAUCAGAGCUCCAUCUAGUGCACUGGAACAACAAGUAUCCCAGCUUUGGUGAUGCUGCUAGCAAGCCGGACGGCUUGGCUGUUGUAGGUGUCUUCCUGAAGGUUGGGGGUGAGAAUGCCCAGCUUCAGAAAGUUCUGGAUGCUUUUGAUGCCAUCAAGGCCAAGGGCAAACAGACCGCCUUCGCCAACUUUGACCCCACAACCCUGCUCCCCGGCUCACUAGACUAUUGGACCUAUGACGGCUCCUUGACCACACCCCCUCUGCUAGAGAGCGUCACCUGGAUCGUCUGCAAGGAGUCAAUCAGCGUCAGCCCCGCCCAGAUGGGCAAAUUCCGUAGCUUGCUCUUCUCGGCGGAAGGAGAGGCGGCUUGCUGCAUGGUGGACAACUACCGCCCCCCUCAGCCCCUCAAGGGCCGCGCCGUGCGUGCGUCCUUCAAAUAAAAUCCCUCCCUUCCCCCCAUCCUCUCUGGGCCACCUCCCCCGCCCCCCCCCCCAACCCCCUCCCCCUGCUUAGUGAGACACAUGGGAGUGCCUCCCCCUGCAGGGAGCUGCAGAGCACACAAAGCCACCUCCAAAACACCAUAUCCCUGCCGCCCAUUCCUGCAGAGCUGGGUUGCCUCUCUGGAAGAUGAAGCAUCGACCAGAGUUGUGUCUUACUGUGCCAUGGUGGAAUAACCGAGUCCUGACGUAGCUAUUUCACAAGACAGGCACUCGGCAGCAUCUUCGUGACAGAUUUACCGGGAUUAUGCAUGUGGUGCCAAUGUUUUAGAGACGUCUCCUUGGCUCUGUAGUUCUUGAUAGUUAGGAAAUGUGUCAGCAUUAUAGACAAACAAAGCUUGCGAAGAGGCUGUAAAUGACAGGGAUGUAGUGCUGUCAUGGUCGGGAUUGGAAGCUGAGGAGACAGACAGUGCUGACUGGCUUUGCCAGGCCUGGGGCGGAGGUAACUGCUUCACCAUCUGUGAGCAGGGCAAGACACAGAGCAAGGGACACACACACAAUCACACACACUAUAAUGCAGACAUACAUACAAAUGCAGCCACACGCACAUACAUGCACAAGCAAUCACGCGCACAUGCCCACACACACUCUCAUCCUGCCAGCCUGUCUGUAAUCUCUGACUGACUGCCUGUUUUGGAUCAAGGCAGCUUAAUGAAACACUGCAGUCACAUUCAUCACACCCGAUUGAACUAGAAAAUCCCUCCUGGCAUACACCACACACAUGCCUAUAAGCAUUGACCUGCUUAUUGAUUUCCAAAAUAAAAGCAUGGUCUCAAACAGCAUUCAGACAAUACACAUAGGAGUCUACCAUGACAGAGGCUAUUUUUCCAGUGUUUUUACAGCUCAAUCUUUAAUUCUUUGUUUCGUUUGUUGACUCUUAGUUUAAAAAUAUUUUUUUUAUCUCUUCACAGCUUCUGCAAAAAAGUUUUUUUUUCUGUAAUUUCCUAAAUAUGUUUUGUAACUGAAUGCUCUUUAGUGUUGGUUGUGUUGUCCAUUGUGACAAUGAAAGGGGAUGACCCUUUUAAGAUAUAUUGGAUUAUGUAAUAACCCCUUUAUGAACUGUGUUGUGAUGCUUCAAACGUAGUCGCCUUCAAGGCGUAGGCCAGUGGCGGUGGAAAAGGCUUGACACCCCACAGAACCAAGAAACCUUCCUGCCUGCUGAUGACAGUAGUUAUUCUAGCUGGACGACAAGUCCCAUUGGCCAGAUUCGGAAUCAUGAAAGGUCAUCUGUAAUGUUGGUACCACACCAUUGUGACCCUUAGAGGUCGUGUGGUUCUUGUUUUUAACCAGAAGAAAACAACAAUAGCACUCAAAGAAUGAUUGUAUUUGAUUGAAUGAAUUUGACUUUGAAAGCCUUGUGCCAAGCAAUAGGGCCACCCAGGGGGCAUAUCUUGCUGUUAUGCUAUUUUGGAAGUGAAUAAAUAUAUUUGAUGACUUUCGCCUA